UAGAUGCUUUAAAAGGCUCACCGUUGCAUGAAAGCAAUGCACGGUAGAAGCGUCCUUGUUUGUCCCCAUCCCUUCUCCAGUCUCUUCUUCCUUCCUAUGUUCUAUGAUCCUCUCCCUUCCCUUUCAUACCAGUCCAGCCACACUUGCAAAGCCAAUGGAAGAAGUGUACGAGUCGGAGGCCAAUUGGCUCGAUGGCUCGUGUGAGGAGCUUGUGAGGGAGCUCCUUGAUGACACCACACCUUUCUUCGUCUUGCCCAAGGUCACAGAACCCGAACCAGAUACAAGCCGUGAAUCCAUGAUCAACAAGCUCAUCUCAACAGUCUACUCGGGUCCGACGAUCGGCGAUGUCGAGAGUGCACUGUCCGUAACCUUUCAGAGUGGCGAUUCCGACGGCCACGGCGGUUCCCGACCCACUAUCUCACUGCCAGAGAAGGGAUUGAGUAAGAUGGAGAGUAAGUAUACCUUAAGGAUCAAGACCUAUGGGAAUGGGCUUGCUGAUGAUGGCUACAAGUGGAGGAAGUAUGGGCAGAAAUCCAUCAAGAACAGUCCCAAUCCGAGGAGCUACUACAGGUGCACCAACCCAAGAUGCAAUGCCAAGAAGCAGGUGGAACGGUCAACAGAUGAUCCAGAAACCCUCAUUGUCACCUAUGAAGGCCUCCACCUCCAUUACACCUACUCACAUUUCUUCUUAUCCCGGCCCCAUGAUUACUCAACUGCCAACCUUCAUGUGUCUAAGAAACCGAGGAUCCAAUCCAUGAGCAUGCAGACGCCGCAAGUAGCCGAUUGCCCACUUACAGAGAGCAUGGUGUGGAGCCCAUCGGUAAUGGAGCAGCAGCAGUUGCAGCCUGGGGCUGCUGGAGACCAGAGCCCAGAAGGAGAGGUUCUGGAAGUUGGUGUGCAGAGUCCGGUCAGACAGGACAUUUCCCAGCACGGGUUUCUUGAAGAUCUCAUGCAGAGCCGACAAGGGCUGUUAGAAGAUGUCGUGCCCUUGCUGGUGAGAAAGCCAUCCAAUUCAACCACCUCUUCAUAUGACCCACACUCCACAUCACCAGCAUCUUCUCCUUCCUAUUCUUCCCUUUCUUGGAGCACACCCAGCUCUUCUUAUCUUGAUGUGGGAAUAUUCUCUGGCAUCAUCUGAAUGGAAACUGGCACUCAAAAGGACAAAGAUAGGAGUAUCCAAGUGGUAAUUUGGUAGCUAGAAUGAUAAAUGAUAUACUUUAUCUGGAAUUGCAUGGGUAAAAUGAAGUUACUCCACUCCUCUUUUACGCCAUGUAAUACUUGGACGGCUGGAUUGAGAGUAUGGUAAGGGAGUACUGAGAAUAAAAUGUACAAUAUGCUAACAAGAUGUAUAUGUACAAGAAAUCUAUGUACAAUAUAAAUAUUGGUAUUUUGUGGCUGCAGGGAUCUCUACUUAUAUGUCCCUUUUUGAUGCGUCAUAACAUUUUAUAUUGUAACAGAAGGAUUUCCUUGGUAUAAAAUGCUUCCGUAAUUGAUGAUCAGCACCCAAAAUUCUUUGUUGUUUUCCCUUUUUUUACUGUUUCCCUUUUGGUGAGCAAGGCCAAGUUCAAGAAAUAACAGUGGAGGGAAUCAAAUCAGAUAAGUUGCAGAGUUUAGAAGUUUUAGAUGAUGGAAUCAAAAUUUCUACUAUCUACUUUAGAUAAGGAAUUUCAAUAAAGAUCAAACUCAAGAUAGGGAAGUCAUGGCCCUCUCGAUAAGCACAUUAUUAUAAAAUGCAUGAAGACUGAAACGGGAGAAAAUUUCAGAUUAUUCAGAGUACAUGAAUAUAACAGUUAGACGCUAACCAAACUUAGAUCACUCAUGCUUAUAACCUGAACCAGGAUCCAACUCAUCCAGCCAGUUACAGAAUCAAAAUUUGAAGUCUUACCAUUAUGUUAUACAGUGGGUCCAGUAAAAAUGUUCCAGCCCAACAAUACCUGAAUAUAAUGUAUCAGAGAACUUCGCAAAACAGAACCAAGUCAAAGGGGCAAAAUGAGGCACCAAACCAACUUCUAUCCACCAAUGCAAACAUGGAACUGAACCCACCCUAACCUGAUAAUGUAAAGUAAGUUUCAUGUCCAAGUUUAUACUGUGUCCAAGUUUAUACCAUGAACCAGCUCAGUCAUCUCGCAACCCAACUUUAUGAAUGUAAAACUUUGUAUCACUACUAGGUAGAGAUUAAAGUUAUGGGCAAAGCCGAUUAUAUGAUGUCGAAGGCAACGAGAUUGCAUGAUGACUCUUGCAUGGUAAUGCAAAGAAAUUAUUUGUUGGCCUGGCUCACCAAGCAGAUACCUAAUCAAAUUCACUUUUAGCCCAAGAGGAACAAGUCUCACUAGAUCUAAUAGCAAUGAUUUAGCAAUACUAAACACUUAAUUUGAAAAUGCAUAACUGAGUUGCAAAACCCACCUGCUAUUAUCCCUAAUUAAAAUGAGACGAAUAAAUGCUGAUACAAGGACUCUUCUAGUGUAAGCUUGCAAAAAAAAAAAAAAAAAAAAAAUCUUUGCAUAUGCAAGCAGUGCAUAAAUCAUUGGCUAAUCAAAAGUCUCAUGAAGAUUUGGAAGCAAAUACUGGUACUUUUAGGCAUAAUCCAGUUAAUGGAGCCUCAUAGAGCAACAUUAAAAUGCAUACUUCUGUAAAAUCACCAUUAAAUAACCUUGGGCAGGAGAUUGAGGAUAUGAAAGUGGUGCAUUCAGUACUAAGUUUCCAAAGUGGCUUUUGCCAUGGAUGGACCGGAUUAAAGAAAGGCAUAGUGGGUCCCGUAAGAAUUUAUAUUUGUGGUUGGUUGUCAAGUGAUGCUUUCCAUUAGUCAAUUUAGGAAGGCAGCUUUUCGAUAUACCUGUUUUUAGAAUGUUUGUCAUGUAAACUAUCCUAUCAUUUUUGUCCAAAGGUGCUACAGUUAAUAGACCAUGUCAGAAUGGUUAUAUUGCAAAGAGGUAUUGUCGAAAGUGCACUUCAAUGUGCCGAAUAAAAGGAUACUAGCUAAAAACAGAACAUGUAUCAGAAGUAUCAGGUAUGAAGAUAUUCAGAUUUUGUCACCCAAUCUAACAUAGGACUAUCAAGCACUAUGUGCACUGAUGUUGGGGCUAGCCUCCGAUCCCACUUGCACACAUAUCUUAACCAGCAAGUCUUAUUUUAUCCAUAUCGGCUUAUGGAUCAUAAUAUGAUCCACCAAAGAAGAUUAGUCUUUGUAGUCGACUCAAUCUUACGCUAACCCUCUCAGAUGGCAUGAUUUUAUGACUUCUAUGCACUAAAUAUGAAACACGUACAACAGAGAUACGAUGAUUCAAACAUAAAUCAAGAAAAAAAGGGCUUACAAAAAAAUAUGACUCCAGUAAAUCUUUAUCACCGGUAAUGGUAUCAUCAACCCACUAAAACUUCUCAACACCACAAUAGUUGCUUGCCACAUCUACUAACGUCUCAUGGGGAGUAGAUUCCUUUAUUAAUACUUCUAGACACACACACGCGCGCGCGCAUAGAGAGAGACUAUAUUUCAUGAUUUAGGCAGAUAAACAAACUAGAUAGCAAGGUCGGAGGAACCGGUACCGGGCACCGUACUGAUUUUUUAGUGGCACGAGUCGGUAUGGGCCAUGUCGGGCCGGUACCGACGAUGGCACGGUACCGUGGGAGAGAGAAAAAGAGAGAGAGGAAAAGAGGCUGGCAGAGGGUGGCGGAUGCUGGCGGAGGACUGCAGGAAGCCGGUGGAGGCUUUGUCGAGGCCUCCCCCCGCGGCCCUCCCUCCCCCACUUGCUCUCUCUUUCCUUCUUCUUCUCCAACUACGAAAACGGGUCUCCACCAGUGAGCCACUGGUACAGCUCGAGACGGUUCUGCCAACCUUGCUAGAUAGAGUAUACAUUAAUUCUAGACCUGCUCAAAAAUUGGGUGGCUCACCCAAGCCCGGCUCUUUUUGGAUGGGCCUAGGCCUGAUUUUUUUAGCACGGUGGGCCGAACCAUGACUAAAAAUUGAGCAUGUCGUCUGCUCCCCCCAGCCCCGUUGCCAUUGCGCCAUCCCCUCUUCACUGCCGUGUUGUCCCCUCCACUC